GGUGUUGUGACGGGGUCUUUCGAGGCGGGCAUUAAGCCGGCGUCUAGGUCGACCACUAUAUAUGACCGCGAGACGUUAAACGCAAGGAUAAGAUGUUACCAUUACAAUUCAGGGGCCCCAUGCGGCUCGCGGGAUCAUCUACCCGGCCUUGCGGCGCUCGGCUGCUCGCACCAAUUGCACCGUGCUGGCGUCGAACAGGAAUCGUGGGGCUUCCGCUUCGACCAGACCGAAAUAUUAGCAUGUAUGCUGCAGCUAAGCGCGGCAGACCCAAGAAAUCGGAUAUCACUUCUGCGGAGCCGGAAGCGGAAGGUGACGAGGAGGCGGAGGGCGACACCGGCGGCCGGCCCUACCGCCGCGGCCGCCGCAGCCGCAAGGCCAAGGAGCAAGACGAGGCGCGCGACCUGCUGGAGAGCCAGCAAGUGGACCUGGAGGUGCUAGAGGAGUUCAAGUCGCGGGCGGCUGCGGAGGAGGAGGCGCGGCGAGCUGCCAUGGCGGGAGCGGGGGAGGACGACCCGCGGCGACUCAACUUCCACAGGUCGCUGCUGGCCGCCUCCCAGCGCGGGCUCACCUCCGAGUGUGCGCGCAUCAUCGACGCCAUGAGCGACGCGGGGCUGCCGCCGGGGCCGCGCGCAGUGCACGUGUGGGCCUACUCGCACAUACAGGCGGGGGACGGACCCGCGGCCAGGGGGGUGGCGGAGGAGGCGAGGAAGAUGUUCGGCAUCUCCUGGAUCCCCGAGACCUACGUGGCGCUCAUGCACGGGGCGCUGUCCGCCACACGGGGGGGACCCGACCUGCUGGCGGCACUGCAGGUGUGGGUGGCCCAGCAGGAGGCGGCGGCCCGCGGUGAGUCCAGCGACCCGCAGCGCGGCUUCACCUUCCUGGCGGGGGAGCUCUUCAGGCUGAGGUACUCGGCGCUGGCCAUGCAGGUUGUGUCGGAGGGCUAUGCGGCGGGCUACCAGCCGGAUGAGACGCUGGCGGCGCUGGUGAUGGAGCAGCUGUGCAAGCAGGGGCUGCUGGCUGAGGCGGAGGCUGAGAUGCAGCGGCUGCUGGCUGCCGGCCGACCCGUGGGUCCGCAGCACUACGACACGCUGCUGCGGCUGCAGGCGGCGCGCGGCGACCUGGACGGCGCGCGCAGCAACCUGCAGACCUACUGGACCGACCCACGGUUCACUCCGCCACGCACCUCCUCCUACACCGCCAUCAUCCGCGGCCUGGUGUCGGCGGUAGCGGCGGAGCAGAAGGCGCGGGGCGGGGCAGGCGGGGAGGCGGCGGGCGGGGGAGGAGGGGUGGGUGAGGCGGAGGAGGUUGACCGGCUGCUGCGGGUGCUGCGGCAGGAGAUGGUGGAGCGGGGGCUGCGGCCGGGCAGGGAGACCUACGCCUCCAUGGUGGAGGUGCAGGCGGUGUGCGGCGACCUGGACGGCGCUCUCGCCACCUACGAGACGCUGCUGCGUGCCAAGGGCUCCCCCGCACUGCUGCGGAAGAAGUACCUGGGGGUGCUGACGGUCUCCCUGCUCACUGCGGAUCGCCCCAUCGACGCGCUCCGCCUGCUGCGCGACUGCGCCGCCACGCCCUCCUUCACGGACGCGCGUGUAUGUGUUUCGUUGCCCGCCGCCGCCUGCGCCCCCCUGCCCGACCCGGGUGCGGGCGGCCGCAGCGCCCUCACCGCCUGGAUGCCGGCACACCUGGGGGUGAUGCGCGAGCGGCGCGGGCAGCGGGCCAGUGUGAUGAGCUUCAUGCGGGAGGCGGAGCUGGCGAGCCGCCGCGAGGUGGACGGAGUGGUGUUGGGUCUAGGCGGCUGCGUGGUGACUGCUGACGGGCUGUUCGUGCCGCCCGCCAAGAUGACGAGCGCGGAGCUGCGGGCGGAGCUGAAGGCGGCCGGGGGGGACCCGGUGAUGCUGGCGGGGGCGGGCGGGAAGAAGGAGCUGGUGCGGCUGGUCAAGGACCGGCGCUCCCGGCUGCCGCUGGGUGUCGUUCAGCUGCACACUCAGCUGGAGCAGCUGGUGAGUGCGCGGAGGGAGCUGGAGGAGGCGGCGCGGGCGGCGGAGGAGGCGGAGGAGGAGGAGGAAGAGGAAGAGGAGGAGGAGGAGGAGGAGCAGGACUUCGACCCCUAUGCCCAGGACAACACGCUUGACCCGAACGUUGCCGCCAUGCUGCGUGACGAGAGCACCUUUGAGGGCGGCGAGGGGCUGGAGGACAGCGCCACCUUCCUGCGUGCGGCGGCGGGGCGGCUGGUGCUGCCGGCUGCAGAGCGGGAGAUGGACGCGGAGGAGCUGAGCGAGCUGGACAGGGUGGCGGGUGCUGCGGCGGCGCGGCGGGCUGCGGCAGUGGCGGGCGGUUUGGACGACGACAGCGACCUGGACGACGACGACGAUGAGGAUGAGGAUGAAGAGCUGGGUGACGAUGAGGACCUGGAUGAUGCUGAAGACGACAACGCCGCUGACGAGGAGGAAGACGAGGAGGGGGACGAGGACGAGGAGGAGGAGGACGACGAUGAUGUCGCGGACAUGCCCGAGGCGUUUGGAGACGACGAGGCCUCCCGCGGUCGUCGUCGCCGCGGGGGUGACGAUGAUGAGGAGGAGGAUGGGCUGGUGGAUGAUCAAGUGCGGGAGCUGCGGGGCCUGGGUGCGCUAGGCGCGCUGGGUGCGGGCAAGGUGGAGGAGGAGGAGGCGGGUGGUGACUUGUUCCUAGAGGGCGGCGGCAGCAGCAGCAGUCGGCGGCCGGGGGAUGAUGACGGCGGGUUGCUGGACGGCGAGGUGGACGAGGACGGUGUGAUUCUGGACCAGGUGCUCAAUAUGGGGGUGCUGGAUGCGGCGAGGUACAACCCCACGGCAGGCAUGGCUGUUGCCAUGCGGCUGCUGUCUGUGUGGCAGGCGGUGGGUUGCGCGCCCACCCCCGGGGACCUGGUGGCCCUGUUCGAGGGCGCGGUGGCGGAGGAGCACAGCGGCGCGGCGGCGGAGCUGGCGGAGGCGCUGCCGGCGGGGCUGGAGGAGGGGGGCGUGGGCAGGGAGCAGCUGUCUGAGAUGCUGCUGGCCCUAGCCCGCGUGUGUCUGCGCCCCGAGGACCCGGACGGCGAGGCGGCGGACCGAGUGGUGUCCGUGCUGGAGGACAACGAAUUGCAGGUCCCUGCUGACGUGUACGCCGCUCUGGAUGCGGCUCUGCGGGGUCGCUCCCGAGUGAGGGAUGCGGU